GCACUGACCUCGAUCCAUUGCUCCCGUAUAGCCCCGACUAGCUCGAUAUGUUCCCGUCACUGAUAUGACCAGGAGAUAAUCACCUGGUGCCACAGAGGACAAACUCAGUUGAGCUAGUCAUGAAUGGUAUAAAGCGCCUCUCUCACCUGAAGACUGCAUAUCAUAAAAUCUCAUGCCUCUCUUCGAUACAUACGAUAUUGUUUUCGCUGGUGGUGGUACUGCCGCCUGUAUCAUCGCUGGUCGUCUUGUUCAAGCUGAUUCAUCGUUGAAGAUUUUGGUUAUAGAAGCAGGCCCGCAUAGUUUCAACCUGCACAAUCACGUUCAGCCCGCUAGAUACCUCAACAGCCUUGUUCAAGGUCAUACUGUUACACUCCACAACAGUGUUCACAGUGAAGCACUUGGUGGAAGAUCCGUUUCCGUUCCCUCUGGAUGCUGCGUGGGUGGUGGGUCUGCUGUGAAUUUCAUGAUUUAUACCCGUGCUGCUGCAUCUGAUUACGACGACUGGGAAAAACUAGGUAAUUCUGGUUGGGGGUCAAAUUCACUUAUCCCUUUGGCCAGAAAAGUUGAAACCUACCAAGUUCCCUCUGACAGCCCGUCAGCGCACGGGUCCACGGGACCCAUUAAAGUCUCUCAUGGAGGACACGACACCAACAUUGGCAAAGAGUUCUUAACUGCGGCGCAAUAUGAUAAAGACAGAAAAAGUUCACCCUCCGCUGAUAUCAACGAUUUUCAAACAACGAAUGUAUAUGGGCCUUGGCACAAAUAUAUUGACUCAGAUACUGGAAAACGUUCCGACGUUGCACAUCAUUUUCUGUAUAAUCUUCCAAACUUUAGCUUGGACCCCAACGAAGGCAAUAACUUGCAUGUCCUGACCAACCGGCGAGUGGUCAAAGUGAUCUUCAAAGAUAAUCGUGCAAUCGGUGUUGAGUAUGUUGCUCGUGAGGAUUUGAAUGUAGAGUCUCGAUUGCCGCCUCGAAUCGCAUAUGCUUCCCGCCUAGUUGUACUUUCUAGUGGAGCUUUCGGGUCGCCCGCAAUUUUGGAACGUUCUGGAAUCGGGUCUGCACGUUAUCUAGCAGACGCGGAUAUUCGUCAGAUAGUUGAUCUCCCAGGUGUAGGAGAGAAUUAUAACGAUCAUACCCUCUGUGUUACCCCCUAUCUCGCCUCAGAAGACUCCGACUGUCUAGACGAUAUAUUCAAUGGAGAUGAAGAAGCUAUCAAACCCCACCUCAAGGAAUGGCAAGAGGAAGGCUCAGGGCUUUUGGCACACAAUUCCGUAGAUGCGGGGGUCAAGUUACGGCCUACGCAAGAAGAACUUGAAGAGCUUGGGCCCUCUUUCAGACAGAUAUGGGAGGAGUUUUAUGUUGGGGCCCCGGAUAAGCCAGUCGCAUGCUUAGUUCCAACUGCGGGGGAUGUCCAAAAUUCUGCUCCAUCGGGGUUGAAGACAUUUGGAAUAAUCUUUUUUAUGGCGUACCCUCGGGCUACAGGCUACACCCAUAUUUCUUCUCCUACAAAUCCUUGGGCUCCUUUAAGGUUCGAUCCCAAAUUCCUAGAAGAUCCUGCAGAUCUCUCGGUCCUUCGAUGGUGCUACAAGCAUGCUCGUGAACUUGCUCGCCGGAUGAAGUCAUUCAGAGGAGAAAUUCCUGCUAGGCAUCCCAAGUUUUGUUCUAAUUCUUCAGUUUCCGGCGUCAACAAUGGUACCCCGUGCACUAUGUCCUGCAAUGGUACUUCGUACGUUGUACCUACCAAAAGCACAGCAUCCAUAAUCCCUUCUGCCUCUGGUCCAUUUGCCAUUGAUUCCCCGAAAAUUGUUUAUUCGAAGGAAGAUGAUAGAGCCAUAGAUGAUUACAUUAGAGCCAUCGUGGGUACGACUUGGCAUUCGCUUGGUACAUGCGCAAUGAAACCUCGCGAAGCCGGCGGAGUUGUCGAUUCUCGGCUCAACGUGUACGGAGUGGAGAAUCUGAAAAUAGCGGACAUGAGCAUUGCUCCACUAAAUGUCGGAGCGAACACCAAUAAUACCGCACUUGUCAUUGGAGAAAAGGCCUUUCUACUCAUUGCAGAAGAUUUGGGUAUCUCACUUGAAAGUGAAACAAUCAGCCAAAGCUUGAAGAAUUUAAGUCUCUGUGCUCAUUUGAAUGGUAACUGACUUCAUAGACAGUGAUGUAGUUGUAAGUUAGCACGAUACGAAAAAUAGAGUUUGGAAUGGAGGGGUCUCCGUACGCGAUGCUGAUUCAAUUCGUGUGUAAGGGCUUGACCGACACCAUAAGCUUGGUUGUGAGUCUAUGCGAGAAGGAAGACAUGGUUAGAGCAGUCGAGGAUUCAAUGGCUGUGGUUUGAGGGAUAUAUCCUCAAGCCGAGAAAACAAGCCAUAUAAUGUUUCCCGUGCUAGAUGGUAGGGCAAAGUAGAGUGGGUUUGGAGGCUGCUUGAAUGCUGUCUUCGGCCGGUGAUAAUAGACGUAUGGAGAUGGACGACGAAGAAGAAUGUGCAACGUUUUUCUCUGAACAUGAAGCCCUGGAUAAUCUCUCCAUGUCGUCGCUCUCCUCUCCAGUAGUUUUGCCACUCAGCAGAUCAAACCCCGUAUUCAAAAAUUUGUGAUGA